AUGAAGCAGAACGUAGAAGCAAGAUCUGGAGUUGCUCAGCCGCAAGUAUUUAAGUUUUGGAAAAGCUUGCGCUCUUCGCUUCGUUUGACCAAGACGGAAAAUGCGCAUACCUCUGCGAAUGGUUUACCAGUUGACGAUACCCUUCAUAUGUACGAAGAACCUUCAACAAAGGGAGCUUAUUUGAUUCCUUCGAAGACCAAGUAUGCUCCGUCGAAUGCCAUUAAUCCUGCGCCGUCCGGUGCAUACGGCCACGAAAAUCUCGAAACGGCGGACGCAAAGGACUCAUCUGCUUGUGACACAUCGACAGCAACUAAUCUGAAAAGUUCGUUUCGGCUGAACAAUUUGGCUAAGGCGCCAUCGAGCAAAGAAGUUGGUUGGUCUGACGUUGUUUUUCACUCGCACGAAAUAGUCCUUGGUGACAACCCUGCCGUGUCGUGUGGACCUCCCGUUGCUGUUGGGUCUACCGAAGUAAGCACCGACACUUUGUCAAUAGAAGAAUACGAAAAUCAUCGAGGGCCGCGAAGGAUUAAGGAGAGCUUGCUGCUACCGCCAUCACUUAGGGAAGAUCUCCUACGGGAGGAGGGGUACUGCCGGAGUGAGAUUCGCGAUGUCGAGGCCGAUGUCAACAAAAUCAAAAAAUUCCGGAAAAAGAAUGCACGCGAAAACAUUUUGAAACGAGUUCAACAUUCAGCCUCACGAAACCAGCGACAGCUACGGGUAAAGGCUGCUGUAGACAAUCACGUUCACCACGAUGGUUGGCUAAUAUUUGUGUGAAGCGGCGAUUUUAAUGUAGAUGGCAGUUGUUAGUGUUAAUGGUACGAGAGCUUUGUCGUUGAAACAAAACGACUACUCAACAUUUGGUCCAUAAUGGGCGGUACUCGAGAGGAGGUUGGAGGAAACGACCGGCGUGAAUACGCACAUGAAUGAUUCUACCGACACCAACAUAAAAAAAGAUCAUGUUCGUAGAGCAAAUUUGCAAAUAGUGAAGCACAAUUUUGCAUUGUG